GUGAAAAUCCAAAAUUGGAAGUCAUGACAGAAAUGGCCGAUGCUGGGGGCGAGAAGUCAUAUCAACGUCGUGGUAUAUUUCCGUCCGAUCAUUCAGUACGUGUCCGAAGGAAUCUCAUUCGACAAAUAGAAUCAGAUGUCGAAAGAGACGAAGACAAGACGCGAACACCUGCAGAGAUAAUACAUGACGUUCUAACUUGUAUCCAAGAUCAAACAGAAGAACCCGCAACGCGCGUCGAAAAAUUAGGGAGCUUGGUGCGAUUAAUAAAAAAUCACGAAAGAUUAAAAUAUACAUAUGACGCUGAACCUUUUUUAAGGGGAUUGAGAUUUUGUGUAUCGGACUCAGUGAAGGAAGUAAGAAUUGCUGGGUAUCGUGCAUUACGAUAUUUGAUCGCAGAUGUCACCACUCUAGAAAAAAUAAUAAAUUUGCAUUAUGAAAUAUUUAUAAUGAGGUCUUUGGCAAAAGACCCACGUGUAUACAAUGAUGAGCGCGAACAGGUAUUGAAAAUUAUACGAACUUUUGCUGAUGUACCAGGCGGGACAAAAUAUAUACCGCUUGGUGUGUUACGAUCUAUUGUUUCUAUAGCUGAACUUCCAGAUGAAAAACUACGGAACAUAUGUUUAGAAACUUUGGCAGAAAUAAUGAUUCGUGAACCAAAAUUAAUAACUCAUGGCGGUGGGAUGAGAGUACUAUUACAAGCUUUAAUUGAUGGUCCUCUUGAACUUUCGGAAUACCUAAUGAUGGCACUACUAUACAUAAUUGAUAUGCCAGAUUCCCGAGAUUGUAUAAGACCUGGUGUGGAUUUGGAGAUUGUUCUUUCAGGAUUUACUGACGCAUGCAACAAAGGACCAAAAUUUGACCAGCAGAUAAGAGCUAGUUCAAGGGCUAUAUCUGUUCUGCUGAAGUCUUGGACAGGAAUUAUAUAUUUGUGCAUGGAUAAUAAACAAGCAAUAAGAUCCAUUGUUGAAUCUCUAAGAAUAACAUCGGAUGAAACGCGGGAAAUCAUGCUUGAUAUGUUUUUUAACAUUUUUCGAAUCAAGAUACCACACUGGUAUCCAAGCUUUUUAUCUGGAAAAAGGAUCACAGUAUAUGGACUACUAACACCUGAAAACAACAAUAAUGGAGAACUACCACCUCCUUCUUCUUCAUGCCAAGACAGGCUGAAUUUAUUGGACCAUCAUUUGGUUAUAUUAUUAGAUAUCUUUAUUGACGCAGGGCUCCUUGAUGCUUUGGUUGAGAUUAUUGAAGACAAAAAUCAACAUAACGCGCGUAAAGCUACUCUUUUUAUUGGUGAAAUUCUUCAAUUGUCUAAUCGGUUAUUAUCUUUGUCUCGCUCGAUGAAAAUACAGUCUCUACCUAGACUCUUCAGUUUAGCCACAAAAUUUGACGAUGAAAUUGUACGACACAGUGCCACUGCUGCGCUUUCACAUAUUGAUAAUUUGAAUCGUACGCGGAAUCGUUUUCAACCAAACAUUGGAGAAUCAGAUGACACAUCUAUUAGCUCACCAAAUCGACGAAGACGUAAUGCGCGUCAAGUUGAAAAUGUAAAACUUAAAAUGGGUAUACAAAUUGAUGACGUCCAUUUUAGAAAUAUGCUUUUAGAGACCCAGGUUCUCAGUACUAAAGAUUAUCUCAAAUGGAACUGGGAAACUACUAUGGAAUUAUUGCAAGGUCCAUUAUUAAACCCUCGUCGAUUAGAAGAGGCAAUAAGAUCCAAAUUUAUGAAACGAUUAAUUGGUUUUUUCAGACCAAAUAGCCGACGGUUUUCUGAAAUCGAGAAAGACCUGGAAAGUGAACGCUAUGUUCAAUUAGGAUGCACGCUUAUAACGACUCUUCUUGCGAAUUUUGAUGGUGUCAAAUAUUUAGAAAGCAACAAAUUCUUGAGGCAGAUUUCGGAUAAUUUAAAUCAACUUGUACCACCGUUGUAUGAUCCUGCAAUGGAAGUUUGUCAAAUGGCAGUGCGUGUUUUGGAAGAGACAUGUAAUCACAAAGAAAAUAUAGAGUUACUUGUGAAAUUGCGACCUAGCUUGGACAACUUGGGAGAAGUUGGAAAUCCACUUUUGUUAAGGUUUCUGUCCACUUCAAUCGGAUUUAAAUAUCUAUCAGAAUCUGAUUACGUGGAAAAAGAAAUGGAUGAUUGGUUUCAGAGUGGCAACCAAUAUUAUGUGACACAACUUGAAGUAUCUUUAUCAAAUGCAUUAAAACUUGAUGGAGAGGAAGCGCGAGGUGAUGAUGAUGAUAAAGACGUGAAAAUAAGUAUGUUUGAUGGAAUCUCCCCUGCCCAUUUUUAUGGUGAAUUAACAAAAACGGAUGAAGGGUGUCAGCUUUUAAGAGAGAAAGGGCAUUUUCGCGAGUUUGCAAAUUUCAUAAGAGAACAUGGAAUGGAAAAAC